AUGAAAUAGAUGCUAACAUAAACUGGAUUUGCAGAUGAAAAGAAAGAAUUGCUUAAAAUAAAGUCUGAAUGGAGAGGCUUAUAAAAUAAUGAAAUGUUUUAAGAUUUCGUUUUUCUUCGAGAAGCCUCCUAAACUAGACUGGCAACUGAUAAAAUUGAAAAGGAAAGAAGAAACAGGAAAGAUAGUAUUUUACUACCUUAUUUGAAAUAAUAAUAAUAAAAAAAAAUGGAGCAAGCAAGAAAAUUCACUCUAAUUGGAUCUCUUUCAUAAUUAAAUGAUUUUACACCGUCUGUAACAUUUAUAAAUAAAAACCAUUUUGAAGAAAUCUAUUCAAUUUUAUCAUCCUUAAUAAAGUCUGUUUUAAUUGAAUAAUUAGAAUAAUUAUUACCGACUUUAGAAAAACUUGUUAAUGCAUGUAAAUAAUGUGGGAUUGUUAGUUUUUAUUUCAUGGCAAUAUAUUUUCAAACCUAAAUACAAUUUGUUUAUUGUCGUAGAAAAGAAGGUUAUAAUAUUUGGAAAAAGUUCUUGAGAACUUGUAACUUAUAAGGAAAGAAACUUUAAAAAUAUAAACUCUUAGCUUAUAGACAAUUAGCAAAAUGUGCUUUAGAUUUAGGUGAUUUGGAUAAAGAAGCUAUUUAUCUUAAAAAAUUAUUAAAAUUGUCUUGGGUUGUUUAAGAUAGAAAUUAUGAAUUGCUUUGUUAUGAUAUGAUCGCCAUAAAUUUUUAUUAUAGAGGAGAUGUGGAUAGAGCUUAAUUCUUUCAUUCGAAAUUUGUGUAAGGAGAAUUCGAAGCUGCAGAAUCUAAUAUUAGAAUUGCAGGAGUUUCUUCUUAUUUAAACACAUAAAAGUUAAAGGCAUAAUUAAAUGAUUAAGAUUCAUUCAGUAUUGAUGAUAUGGAUUUAGAUAUUAUUAUUUAAAAAGAUAAUAUUCUCAAAUGGUAAAAAGGAUUACCUGUAUUUGAUAGUAGACAUAUCUCAUAACAUCGAGUACUUAUUAAUUAAUGGAGUUGCAAUCGAGAUUUAACUGUUCAUUUAAUUAAUAGAGAAAAAUAGAAACAUAAAUCUGAAGAGGAAGAUAUAGGAUUUGUUCCUCUUAAUCAAAAUAUAAAAAGACUGCUUAAAUUAUUUUAAUUUGAUGUCAAAUAUUUUCUACAAAAUGGACAUCUUUAUGAUUUCUGA